UAAUCUGACCCACCACCACCAUCACCACCCCGGCCAGUGCCCCCCCGCCAUCAGUGCCAGUCAUCCUCUCAGUGCCGGUGCCAUAAUUACCUGUAGGCUUCACGGGAACACACGCCCUCGCAGGAACCAGUGCAGGACAGUUUGGGCGCCACGCAUGGAUGUACAGGUUGUGUGAUAAUUGAGAUUCAGAAACACCUUUUGCUUGACACACUUCAUCAUGGAUCACAGCAAGGCCAUUCCCCUGGUGGUGGGCUUGGUGACAGUGGUGGGCACGGCCAUCCUCACCAAGCUAUACCUGUCAAAGAAGAGAGGUCCGCCCCGCACCCUUCAGGACCCCACUGUCAAGUACCCACUGGAGCUGAUAGAGAAGGAGGAGUUGUCUCAUGAUACUCGCAAGCUUAGGUUCAAGUUGCCUUCCCCCGAGCAUAUCCUGGGCCUGCCCAUCGGCCAGCACAUCUACCUCUCCGCUCACAUUGAUGGCCACCUGGUUGUGAGGCCAUAUACGCCCGUCUCCAGCGAUGAGGACAAGGGCUUCAUGGACCUGGUGGUGAAAGUGUACUUCAAGAAUGUUCACCCCAAGUUCCCUGAGGGCGGCAAGAUGAGCCAGUACCUCGACGCCAUGAAGGUGGGUGAGACCAUUGACGUGCGAGGACCCUCCGGCCUUCUGGAGUACAGGGGCCGCGGUGUGUUCUCCAUCAAGCCAGACAAGAAAUCCCCUCCUGCGCUGGUCACUGCCAAGAAGGUCAACAUGAUCGCUGGUGGCACUGGUAUCACCCCCAUGCUGCAGCUGGUGCGUCAGGUGGCCCGGGAUGAAGGGGACACCACCCAGCUGGCCCUCCUGUUUGCCAACCAGACCGAGGCGGACAUUCUUCUGCGGCAGGAGUUGGAGGAGGCUCAGGCACAGAACCCGGACAAGUUCAAGCUAUGGUACACUGUGGACCGGCCCGAGGAAGGAUGGAAGUACAGCAAAGGCUUCGUCAGUGCUGAGAUGAUUUCGGAACACCUGUACCCUCCCAAGGAUGACACACUGAUCCUCAUGUGCGGUCCGCCUCCUAUGAUCAACUUCGCCUGCACCCCUAACCUGGACAAGCUGGGCUACUCUGCCAAUAUGCGUUUUUCCUACUAAGAAGAACAUGGAGGAGUCUUGGGUGGCGCGCUUCUGUGUCUGCUGUGCCGGAACAUGUAAAAACCAACAGCAAUUAGGAACAUGUGUGACGCUUUGAUAAGCUUGUAUAUACUGCGUGUGGAUAUUUUGUGAGACAUAUAUUGCAUUUAAAAUAUACUGGGAAGAGGAUAACAGAUGCCAUAGUUAUUGUGGAUGGUGGAAGCUCAUAAAUAACAGUGAGAUUACCUAAUAUUAACGGUAACUAGACCACUGUUGGGGCCUCAGAUCACUGCCACAGACGGUGAUGUAGUGACAGGCGGACAGACUAGGCAGUGCAAUUGCAGAUAAGAUUAUCAAUCCUCCUCCUUUUGAGUUCAAUGUGGUUUUGUAGGUCUUUUUCAUAUAGCAAGUUACUCUCUUCCCCUGCUAGUUCACCCCCAUUUACUCCGUGGGCUUCGUGGUGCAGUGGUUAGCACACUCGGCUCACAACCAAGAGAGCCCGGGUUUGAUUCCCGGGCGGAGUGGGAAAAUUUGGGCGGGUUUUCCGAUACCCUACGUAGCCCCUGUCCACCCAGCAGUGAAUGGGUACCAGGUAUUAAUCGGGGGUUGUGUCCUGUCUCCUGGGGUCUGUUCCCUUCUCCUAUAAUUCCUUCCCCUUCUGUCUCUCUCCGGCAUAUGACCACAGAUGUUGCGCCCACUAAACCAAACUUUCCAACUGUUCCCUUCUCCUAUAAUUCCUUCCCCUUCUGUCUCUCUCCGGCAUAUGACCACAGAUGUUGCGCCGACUAAACCAAACUUUACCCUCCAUCCUCCCCAUGAAACUUGCCACAUGAAAAGGUAUUGUGCAGAGUCAUGGGUUCAAAGAAAGGAGAGUCAAUAUAUCUCUCUGCAAGUGUGCCCCAUGAAAGAACUGUUACCCACUGCUUCCUGAUGAGCUGGGACAGUUUGUGACUAAUGCCUGCUUAGAUUUUGCUAACAUAUAUAUUGCAGCUGAUGAUGGGAGAUAUUAUCGUUCUUGAGGGAGUUAAUAUAUAGAUUUAGUGAGUCUUUUUACCUACAUUGAGUCGAAAAUGGGAGUCUGCAGAACCGAUCACAUGCAGAAGUGUUGAUUUAGACAUUAUAGAUACUGAGGAAGGCUUUGUUUCCAUCUAGUGAGUCUAACUAUAUGGCUAUUUUUGGAGGUAAAUUUAUGUGCUGGGAGAACUCUUGAGAUGUUGUUUUAGAGAGAGAUUAUAGAUACUGAGGAAGGCUUUAUUUCCAUCUAUUAAGUCUACCUAUAUGGGUAUUUUUGGAGGUAAAUUUAUGUGCUGGGAGAACUCUUGAGAUGUUGUUUUAGAGAGAGAUUAUAGAUACUGAGGAAGGCUUUAUUUCCAUCUAUUAAGUCUACCUAUAUGGCUAUUUUUGGAGGUAAAUUUAUGUGCUGGGAGAACUCUUGCGAUGUUGAUUGAGAGGCAUUAUAGCUACUGGGGAAGGGAGUCUUAACCUACAGCCACAGUGAGUCUAACUAUAUGGCUAUUUUUGGAGGUAAAUUUAUAUGCUGGGAGAACUCUUGCGAUGUUGAUUGAGAGGCAUUAUAGCUACUGGGGAAGGGAGUCUAACUAUCUGGCUAUUUUUGGAGGUAAAUUUAUAUGCUGGGAGAACUCUUGCGAUGUUGAUUGAGAGGCAUCAUAGCUACUGGGGAAGGGAGUCUAACUAUAUGGCUAUUUUUGGAGGUAAAUUUAAAUGCUGGGAGAAUGCUUCCUUUUCCUUAACAGCAUUGGCCCUCAGGGAGAGACCAAAGACCAGCUGAUUCUGGCACCUGACCAAAGAAAACAGCGAUGAUCAUGUUAGCAGACUUGAUGAUGUGCGGGUAACAGAACAAUUGCUUAGCGCCCGUAGCCACCUGUCAGAUCGGGCAUUAACACUAACAAAGGAAGCUUGACGUAGAAUCAUCAACUGUGACAUCAACAUCACCAAGAUUCUUUCACGGGCAGGCCUGGUGCAGUAGAGAGAGUGGGUGUUUUCCUUGUGAAUGAGGGAUUGACGAUACUGAGAGCAGAGAAAGGCUGGUGACUAAAUGCUGUGUGUUAAGAGAAGUUUGAGAGGCGGGACAUUGAUGGCUAUGGUGUAUGUUAAGACCAGUUUGAGAAGCAGGACAUUGAUGGCUAUGGUGUAUGUUAAGACCAGUUACAGAGGCAGGACAUUGAUGGCUAUGGUGUAUGUUAAGACCAGUUUGAGAAGCAGGACAUUGAUGGCUAUGGUGUAUGUUAAGACCAGUUUGAGAAGGAGGACAUUGAUGGCUAUGAUGUAUGUUAAGACCAGUUUGAGAAGCAGGACAUUGAUGGCUAUGGUGUAUGUUAAGACCAGUUUGAGAAGCAGGACAUUGAUGGCUAUGGUGUGUGUUAAGACCAGUUUGAGAAGCAGGACAUUGAUGGCUAUGGUGUGUGUUAAGACCAGUUUGAGAAGCAGGACAUUGAUGGCUAUGGUGUGUGUUAAGACCAGUUUGAGAAGCAGGACAUUGAUGGCUAUGGUGUGUGUUAAGACCAGUUUGAGAAGCAGGACAUUGAUGGCUAUGGUGUGUGUUAAGACCAGUUUGAGAAGCAGGACAUUGAUGGCUAUGGUGUAUGUUAAGACCAGUUUGAGAAGCAGGACAUUGAUGGCUAUGGUGUAUGUUAAGACCAGUUUGAGAAGCAGGACAUUGAUGGCUGAAUGGUGUAUGUUAAGACCAGUUUGAGAAGCAGGACAUUGAUGGCUGAAUGGUGUAUGUUAAGACCAGUUUGAGAAGCAGGACAUUGAUGGCUGAAUGGUGUAUGUUAAGACCAGUUUGAGAAGCAGGACAUUGAUGGCUAAAUGGUGUAUGUUUAGAAUAGAGAGGAACAUUGAUGGCUAACUGGUGUCUAUUAAGGAUAGUUAUAGGCGAGAGACACUGAUGGCUGUAAGUUGUGUGUGUCUUUUGCCUAUUAAUGUCUCUCUUACAUCCCGGGAAGAGGUUGUGUUGCUUCGGGUGAACAGUACAUGUGUGGAUAAGCAUUUAACAGUGUAUAUUUUUCAUCCGCUGAGCAACUACACAACCAUGGCGCAGAAGAACUUGCCUUCCUCAUAUGUUAUUGAAUUUGAUUGUUAAUAUGUAGGGUCCAUAUCUGUCAUGUAUUUUAGAGUAUGCAAAGAGUGAAUAAACUUAUUUCUCGUA